UUGUCCCUCCCUGCAGGGCGGGGUCUGUUCAACUUCAAGAAUGAGUCAGAGAUCAGCGUAAGGGCAAAAGCUGGAAGCAGAGCAAACUGGGAGCGCAGCACACAGAGUGAUGGCGCGAGAGAUGCUGGCCCUGGGCUGGACUGUGGCUGCCAUCUUGAUGCUGCAGACGGCCAUGGUGGAGCCCUCCCCAGGGACCCUGCCUAGGAAGGCAGGGGUGUUUGCAGACCUGAGCCUCCAAGAGCUGAAAGCAGUGCACAGCUUCCUCUGGUCCAAGAAGGAGCUGAGACUGCAGUCCUCCAGUGCACCCACCAUGGCCAAGAACACUGUGUUUCUCAUUGAGAUGCUGCUGCCCAAGAAGAACCAUGUGCUGAGGUUUCUGGAUAAAGGUGAAAGGCGUCCUGUGCGGGAAGCCCGUGCCAUCAUAUUCUUUGGUGACCAGGAACAUCCCAAUGUCACCGAGUUUGCUGUGGGGCCCCUGCCAGGGCCCCACUACAUGCGAGCACUGUCCCUCAGGCCUAGGCAUCAGCCCUCCUGGGCAUCGAGGCCCGUUUCCACAUCAGAGUAUGCCCUCCUCUACCACACCCUGCAGGAAGCCACCAAGCCCCUGCAUCAGUUCUUCCUCAAUACCACAGGCUUCUCAUUCCAAGACUGCCAGGACAGAUGCCUGGCCUUCACCGACGUGGCCCCCCGGGGCGUGGCUUCUGGCCAGCGCCGCAGUUGGAUUAUCAUACAGCGCAAUGUAGAAGGCUAUUUUCUGCACCCCACUGGGCUGGAGCUCCUUGUGGAUCACGGGAGCAUAGAUCCCCAGCGCUGGGCCGUGGAGCAGGUGUGGUACAACGGGAAGUUCUAUGGGAGCCCAGAGGAACUGGCUCAGAAGUACGCAGCUGGAGAGGUGGAGGCAGUGGUCCUGGAGGGCCCAAUGCCCAAGGGCCAGGGGCAUGAGAGCACGGAGGAGCCACCCCUCUUCUCCUCCCACAAGCUCCGCGGGGACUUCCCCAGCCCCAUCAGUGUGAGCGGCCCUCGCCUGGUCCAGCCCCACGGCCCUCGCUUCAGGCUGGAUGGCAACACCGUGCUGUACGGGGGCUGGAGCUUCGCCUUCCGGCUGCGCACCUCCUCGGGGUUGCAGGUCCUGAACGUGCACUUCGGCGGAGGGCGCAUUGCCUAUGAGGUCAGCGUGCAGGAGGCCGCGGCGCUGUACGGAGGACACACACCUGCAGGUAUGCAGACCAAGUACCUCGAUGUGGGCUGGGGCCUGGGCAGCGUCACUCACGAGCUAGCCCCUGGCAUCGACUGCCCGGAGACCGCCACCUUCCUGGAUGCUUUCCACUACUGUGAUGGCGAUGGCCCAGUCCAUUAUCCCCGAGCCCUCUGCCUCUUUGAAAUGCCCACAGGGGUACCCAUUCGGCGGCACUUUGAUUCCAACUUUAACGGUGGCUUCAACUUCUAUGCUGGGCUGAAGGGCCAGGUGCUGGUGCUGCGGACAACAUCAACUGUCUACAAUUAUGAUUACAUUUGGGACUUCAUCUUCUACCCCAACGGGGUGAUGGAGGCCAAGAUACAUGCCACUGGCUACAUCCACGCCACCUUCUACACCCCGGAGGGGGUGCGCCACGGCACUCGCCUGCACACGCACCUGAUUGGGAACAUACACACUCACUUGGUGCACUACCGCGUCGACCUGGAUGUGGCAGGCACCAAGAACAGCUUCCAGACGCUGCAGAUGAAGCUAGAAAAUAUUACCAACCCCUGGAGCCCGAGCCACCGCGUGGUCCAGCCGACCCUGGAGCAGACGAAGUACUCCCGGGAGCGCCAGGCAGCCUUCCGCUUCAGGAGGACGCUGCCUGGGUACCUGCUCUUUACCAGCCCCACAGAGAACCCCUGGGGCCACCAGCGCAGCUACCGCCUGCAGAUCCACUCCAUGGCUGACCAGGCGCUGCCCCCAGGCUGGCAGGAGGAGCAGGCCGUCACCUGGGCAAGGUACCCCCUGGCAGUGACCAGGUACCGGGAGUCGGAGCUGUGCAGCAGCAGCAUCUACAACCAGAAUGACCCCUGGGACCCACCCGUGGUCUUUGAGGAGUUUCUUCACAACAAUGAGAACAUUGAAAACCAGGACCUGGUGGCCUGGGUGACGGUGGGCUUCCUGCACAUCCCUCACUCCGAGGACAUUCCCAACACAGCCACACCUGGGAACUCCGUGGGCUUCCUGCUCCGGCCCUUCAACUUCUUCCCUGAGGACCCCUCCCUGGCUUCCAGAGACACUGUGAUCGUGUGGCCUCAUGACAACACCCCCAACUAUGUCCAGCGCUGGAUCCCUGAGGACAGGGACUGCUCGGUGACUCCCCCUUUUAGCUACAACGGGACCUACAGACCCGUGUGACCAGCCCCUGCCCCCAGUUCCUCCCAAGAAGCCCAGGAACCUCACGGGGUGGACAAUAAACCCUCCGAGGCCCGC